AUGGAUGAGAAUGGAUCUCUCUAUGUCGUCGCCUAUGGAAAAUAUGAAGUGAGACGAUAUCAAAUUGGUGACACUGAAGAAAUGGUGGUUGCAGGUGGCAAUGGACAAGGAAAUCGUCUUGAUCAACUCUUUGGUCCCUGCUACGUAUUUGUCGAUCGAGAUCAUUCAAUGUACGUGUCUGAUCGUAACAAUCAUCGUGUAAUGAAAUGGGAAGAAGGUGCAAAACAAGGCAUUGUCGUAGCCGGUGGUCAAGGGCAAGGAAAUAGUCUUACACAAUUGGAUGAUCCUCGAGGAGUCAUUGUUGAUCAAUUGGGCAUUGUCUAUGUAGCUGAUUGGAGGAAUCAUCGAAUCAUGCGUUGGCCAAAAGGAGCCACACAGGGAAGUGUCAUUGUUGGUGGAAACGAUAAUGGAACACAGUCGAAUCAACUCAGUUAUCCCAUGGGUUUAUCAUUCGAUCGACAUGGCAAUCUCUAUGUCGCCGAUUACAACAAUGAUCGAGUACAAAAAUUUAAUAUCGAAUAA